AUGUGGGCACAUCUGCUGGAGGAGGUGAUUGCUGUCAGAGUAGGAGGGUUUUACUCUUUCUCUCGUGCUGAGGAACUUGGCCCAAUAACUCAGCAGAAUCAUGAUCCAGGAAAGGAAAGGAAUAUGAAUUCGCGGAACAGUACACCUCCUGAUAAUCUCUCAAUUCAAGAAUUCCAGAAGAAUGAGAGUAUUGAUGUAGAGGUGGUGCAGCUUAUCAGCACAGAGAUACUGCCAUAUGCUAAUUUUAUUCCUAAGGAAUUUGUUGGUCAAAUAAUGACUAUGCUCAAUAAAGGCUCAAUACAUUCUCAGUCAUCUUCCUUUACAGAAGCCGAAAUAGAUAUCCGAAUGAGAGAGGAGUUUUCUAAGGUGUGUUUUGAAACACUGCUCCAGUUUUCAUUCAGUAAUAAAGUCACAACUCCUCAGGAGGGCUACAUCUCUAGGAUGGCACUUUCUGUGCUCCUGAAAAGGUCACAGGACGUGUUGCAUCGCUACAUAGAAGAUGAGAGAUUGAGUGGCAAAUGUCCUCUUCCACGGCAACAAGUAACAGAAAUCAUAUUUGUUUUAAAAGCUGUCAGUACUCUCAUAGAUUCACUUAAAAAAACUCAACCUGAAAAUGUUGAUGCCAACACAUGGGCACAAGUCAUUGCCUUGUACCCGACGUUAGUAGAAUGUAUCACCUGCUCAUCCUCUGAAGUGUGCUCUGCUCUGAAAGAGGCACUGGUUCCCUUUAAGGACUUCAUGCAUCCACCAGCAUCCAAGGUACAGAAUGGAGAGUGUUGACCCCAUAAAACUUUUUUUUUUUUUCUAAUUCUUGAAGGAAAAAAACCAAACCGUAUCCAAAAAUGUUUGUCCCCGGGUGAAGUUUCUCUGAGGAAAUCUCUUGUGUCUAGUACUUUGGCAACCUGUGCUGACUGCCUUUUAACUGUACUUGCAAGAGCUCAGUAAUUGAUGAAUACCGGCUGUAUCUCAAAGGUUCCUGAGUGAGUAGCAGUGCAAACGUUUAAUAAACUUAACUGGGUAGUUGGAAUCAUUUAUAAUCUAAUGUACUUGCUACAGUAUCUUGAAGUGGUGAUUGAAAAGUGGGCUUAUGUACAGCUUGUUGUGUAUGUGUUAAUGAUGUAAUUAAAAAUAUUUCAAUUCAGUCAGAUUUAUUAGGCUGGUGUUUUGCACCCUUUUUUUGAAGUACGAAUUGUACUAAAAUUUUAUGCAAGAUGGUACUGUAACAUUCCAUAUAUCUGUAACCAGCCUUUGUAAACAAAGGGAACUGAUAUACUUGUGUGUAUAAUAAAUGGUACAGUUCUGUAUAAAAUAGUUGCAUUUAUUAUUUAAAUUCUUUUUAAAAUAUUGAUAAUGUUAAAUGCUUGAAAAUGUAUUUAUUAUAAGUUGUAUGCUUGCAUUUUUACUUAAGGUUUGCCUUCUCAAUUGCCAGAUAUGCUCUUUCAUAUCUGAUCAUGUUGUUAAGUUUUUGCUUAAUUGAAUGUAUCUUCUCUGCGGCCACUGGACAUCUAACAAAGGGUCAUCUGACGAAAGAUUGCAGUGGGCGGUCAGCAGUCUGCUGAUCCCAAACUUCAAAGUAGUUGACCUGAAAUAAGUUUGAAUAUGCAGGAAAUCCACUGUAGCACUUAAACACUACCGUACCUCACUUCAUCAUACAUUUGUUUCAAGAUGUUUGUUCUACGCAACUCUAUCCAUUUUUGUAGUUGCGGCCUUGCUUUAAAAAAAAAAAACCCAACAAACAUAUUUGAGGGUUGUUCGCCUUUUUCUGAUUUUCUUUGCGGGUAUCACAGUCUUUGAAUCAUGACCCAAGAAAGGUGAUUUCAAAUAUCUGAAAUACUUGGCUGUAAUAUUUUGUUCAAUAAUUUUAAGUGCUUUGUUUUGUAAUGUCUUUUCAACCCAAACAAUUUGUUCUAAUCUUUUAAUUAUAAACUGCAUCUGAUAUAAACCCAUGAGAAGUGUAUUUUUGAAGAUAGUUACUCAUUUAGAUGUGCAGUAUAACUUGUCAUUAAGUAAACGAAUUUGUUUCACAUAAUACACAAUUGAAGCAAAACACUUUUAAUGGUAUUGUUUUUAAAGUAUGUGACUUAGCACUUAAACUCUUAUUUAAGUAUUAUUUGAGUAAUGUGUCACCUGUAAUCACAUAUUUUUAAGCUGUGAUGUGAAAGCACAAAGGCCAAA